CAAUCAUAUUUUUCCCAGAUGAGGUGCUGCUCGGCGGGGCUGCUAGCUUUGGGAGUCGCUUUUAGGGUUUGACACAGCUGCUUCUGGCGCUGAUGAACGUUUCCGUUUUAAAGAUGAGGCUUUGAUUUAGCGGAUGUUCCAGGAUGGUCUUUAGGAAAAGACUAAAAUGGUGCGUUUGUAGCGGGAGGAUUCAAACAGCCGGCUCGGCGAUAGUUAGCAGAGGAGCUAAUGCUAGGCCUUCCGUUUCCGGUAGUCAGGAACAUUUGAUCAUUUUAUUAAAGCACUUUGUCGCUGUGUAGUUUCCGGAUUGUGAUCGUUUCUUGCUUCGUGGCGACGACAUGAGGAAAGUUAACUCCUAUCAGAGGUUCAUGAACACACGAGCCUCCUCUAACUGCCGCUACCAGCCCACCUGCUACGAACACGCCGCCAACUUCUACACUCAUGCUCUCCUCGUCGUGCCGGCCUUCGUGGGCAUGACGCUGCUGCACCGUCUCUCCGACAACAGCUGGGAGAGGAUCACCGCCUGGGUGUACGGCGUGGGUCUGUGCGGCCUGUUCCUGGUUUCCACCGUGUUUCAUAUCGUCACCUGGAAGAAGAGCCACAUGAGGUCGGUGGAACAAUGCUUCCACAUGUGCGACAGAGUGGUCAUCUACUUCUUCAUCGCCGCCUCCUACACACCGUGGCUGAACCUGCGGGAGCUGGAUCCUCUGGCUGCACACAUGCGCUGGUUCGUGUGGCUCAUGGCCGCUGCCGGAACCAUUUACGUCUUCAUCUAUCAUGAACGGUAUAAACUCGUCGAGCUGGCCUUCUAUCUGACCAUGGGCUUCUUUCCUGCGUCCGUUGUGACGUCCAUGAACAACACGGACGGUCUUCACGAGCUGGCGUGCGGCGGCCUCAUCUACUGCCUCGGCGUCGUCUUCUUCAAGAGCGACGGCGUCAUCCCUUUCGCCCACGCCAUCUGGCACGUGUUUGUGGCGCUGGCGGCCGCCGUGCACUACUACGCCAUCUGGAAGUACCUCUACAAGGCUCCCAGCGCCGAGGCCCUCCUCAACUCACUGUGACCCCCCGCAGCGCUCUGAAGACGCACAAACGAGACUCCCGGCUGCAAGUCGAGCAAAUGUUUACAAGAACACGGACCUUCAGCUGUUUACCGUUUUCUAAUCAGCCGGAGGACGAUCAGCGUCUGAUGAACUCGACGUGUUUUUUAAAGCUCAAGUCAUGAGCCGAGACGAGAGAGAGCGCUUAAACGUAUUUUGAAACCGUGGCACAUUUCUGAGAGUUUACAAGACUUUUUAUCGACAUGAACGAAGUCCCGCUCCGCUUCGAGGGUGGGUGCGUGCAGAGGCGGGGCUAAAAUUCACCUGUUAAAACCAAAAGGUGUCAAACACGGGAAACUGCACACGAACUGUGCCAAAGUGAAGAAACUUAAAACAAACGUUUGAUUAAAAUCAGU